UUUUUUUCAACACAUUCCGUUUCUUUCUUUCUCUCUCUUUUUAUAUAUUUUUUUUAUUUCACACACGAACGUCAUCGAAGUAAACAAUCCAGGCCGGGCGUGACGUCAUCGGCCACCAUGAAUAAGGUCCUCAAGGCAGCCUGGUUUGCCACCAAGAUUGGCAUUGGUGGUGGUGUGGUGUAUGUGACUGUGGACCAGGGAAUAUGGGGUAGCAGCCACCAUUCCACAGCAGCUUAUGAAAGGCUCUUUGAUAUAAUGCCUGGCACUAAGAGUGUGUCUGAAAAGUAUUUACAGCUGCCAAAGAAAGAUGAUGUCAACGUCAACUUCCGAAGCUACUGGAACUCUGGUGUCUUUUAUACAUUUGAUUUCAUUGCAAAUAUACCUUCUAAGGUUGGUAACUUAAAAGACUACAUAGUGGACUUUGCAUCUUCUCCUCAUGUUGAUAAGAAAGAGAAUGAAGCACCCAGCAAGACCGAAGAGACCACACCUGUAUCAAGCGAGGCAGCUGAAACACCACCAGCUGCACCUGAAGCUUCAUCUGAAGAGAAGCCACCAGCGGAGGAAACAAAAUAGUAUAAUGAGAAAUAAUGAAGGUGUGUUUUCUUUUGCCAUGUUUACAGUUGUUUGAUAAUAUUAUUUCCUUGUGUAUAUAUUAAAGUAUGUUCAGAAUUUAAA